AUGAAUAAACCAAUUUAUAGGGAAUACUAAAAUCAUUAAGGUGAUGCUGAGGAUCCCAAUACUACUAAGAUGGUCUAAAUUACAGAUGAUAACAGUUUAAAUAGAAUUAAUGAUACUCUAAAAGAUUCUAUAAAUGAUUUCAAUAAAUUUGAAGCACAAAAUAUAUUUUCACCAUCCAACAGCAUAAAUAAUAAAAAAGAAUUGAAAGAUGACUCUUCCUAAGAUCCAAAACAUUUAUAAUUAGUUAUUUAAAAUAUCACUGAAUCAGAUAAACUAAUUGAAAUCAAUACUACAGAUCAUGGAGAAAAGGAAGAGAAUUCUAAAAUUUAAAAGGGCAUGUUAAGUUCAUAAACUAUCAAAUAUUAGAAGAAGAGAAUAUAAUUUAGGAAUCCUUAUUAUGAAAAAAAGGAAAAACCUAAGAAAGGAUAUAAUUGGAAUUCAGAAUCUAUGAAGAAAUGGAAGAUGAGUGUUAAUAUUGUUCUAUUAGUUUUAAGUUUAAAAAGAGGGAUUAAAAAUAAGAGAUAAGAAAAAAAUAAAUUGACAUAAAGUUAAGAUGUAGAGAAAAAUAAAAAUGUUAAGUCCGACUUUAAACUUAAAAAUGUUGGACUAACAAUCCUUAAGUUAAUUUUUGGAAUUUCAUUAGCAUUACUAAUAAGUGUUCUACUUUUCCCUUUCAUUUUAAUUUCAGAUUUGUUUUUAAGAAUAUACACUUAUAAUAGUUUAUAUGUGAGAUAUGCCUUAUCUCAUGAGAAUAUAUUUUAUAAAUUCAUUUUACUGAUACAAUUAUAUAUGUACGUUAUUGCAACAGCUAUUGCUAUAGUUACUAAUUUUUAUUAAUCCAUCAUCACAACAGUAGAAUUGAUAUACAAUAUAAUUGGAACAUUAUAAAAUAAUAUUUCAGAUCUCUCUAGUUUAUUAUUUUAAACUAUACAAAAUCCAUUCUCAAAAAAAAAAUGA